AUGCCGGCUCAACAUCUGCAAAAUUUUAAAUGGUUGUCAUUUCUGGUAGGUGUUCCCACAGUCCCCCUGCUGCCCGCUCAUGUGACCCCUGGGCUGGGUCCCCUUCCCAUUGUCAACCCCUCCACCACCGUACCAGGUUUGAUGUCCUUACCAUCUGGCCUCCCUCCCCUGCCAAACCUGCCUAACCUCCCAAACCUCAAUCUACCGUUACCGGACCUUAGCGCUGUAUCAUUAGCUGGAAUCAGUGGGUUACCUCCCAUUACAGCAGGUUUGCCUCCUCUCCCUCCUCUGAACCUGCCCGGCAUCUCUGCUCUGCCCAUGCACACCGUUCUCCCUUCCACACUUCCCAGCAUGCCCGGGGUCACGCUGCCAUCUUCCCUGGCACCAUCUGACCACAUCCCACCCGUCUCUUUAGCUGCCGGGCAAACUCCAGCGCUCAUUCUGGAUGCCACGCUCACCCCUGCGGUCAAAGACACGCCUUCAGAGAAGCCUACUGCGAUGGAGACGCUCCUACAGCAGACGACGGAUGCGCAGGCGGCCCCAGAGUCCUCGUAACGGCCGGACCGGGGCCGGUGGGCGUCCCUCCGUACGUCUCUAUUGUAUUUAUUCAGUACAAAAAGAUUCCAGUGUGUGAACACAAACACAGAGAUAAACACGGUUCUGUUGAGAGACGCCAGCGUCUGAGAGUAAUGAGCAUGUGGAUGGACGGCUAAUAUUAAAAAAUACAUUUAAAAAAACAGAGAUGGCUGUAUGUCUGGUUUGCGCUCUUUUCAGAAUCGGUGCCGUCUCGUGCUUUUUCUUUCUGUAUAUCCUGUAAUCAACUUUCAAAUGUUAAUAUAGCAUUCCCUGUAACUGUCAAUUGCUAUGUGAUUUUACAAUGUAAUGUCUGACUUUUGUCUUUCUUUCUUUGCACUGUUUGUUUCGAUUGCUUUGAUUUCCUCAGAAACAACUCUAUUCGUGGUCAGACUGGGCUCUGGGCCUCUUUUUCUCUCACGUGCUCUCACACACUCUCUGUAUGAUAGAUCUGCCAUCAUGAUGAACGGAAACACAGUUACGAACGUGCUGAAGGUGCGCUUGUGCAGUUUGAAGAUUGUGAAGGAAUCUCUUAUUCAAACAUACACAAGCAAUAAACUACCCAGUUUUACACUA